AUGAGCUCUCCACUGUACAGAAGCAAUAUGAAGAUAGAGAGUGAAGCGUCUGCUCAAAUCAUGGCUUCAACUGCAGAAAUAAAAAAUUUCCAAGAGCAAUUGGGUCUUUUGAGAGCACAGAAAAGUGGAGGAGAUUCCAUUCUUGAGAAAAUAAGUAGAGAAAUAUCAGAAUUUCUUAUUCAGAUAGGAAGACUAAAAGAGGAAUUAUCAAGCAAAACUAUUGAUGGACAUAGAAUACUGGAAGAAAAGAAGGUUUUGGAAAGAAAUAUUUCGGAAUUGGAGAAAACACUAAAAGGGAGAGUCGAUGAAGUCAUUUCUGUCGAGAAAGAAGAAUGA